AUGAGCGAGUACGAAGAUGCGCGCGCGAAGACGAUCGCGCGCAACGCCGAGCGCAUGCGCGCGUUGGGCGUGAACGCCCUCGCCAAGGAGCUCGCGCCGACGAAGAAGCGAAAGGUGUCCGCGGAGGUCCCUCUGAGCGCGCCUCGAAGAACCUCCGGGAGAGCUCGCACGAAGCCGACGACGUACAGCGACGACGCAGCGUUCGCGGCGAUCGAGUCUGAGGUCGGGACGUCGAGCGCGCGCGCGGUGCGAAAGGCAUACGAUCCAUCGGUACCGCCGAACGACGCGUUGCGGAAGAGCGCUCUGACGGCGCGAGACUGGCGAGGUAACGUCAAGAGACAUCCGACCAAGGGACACCUGAUCUUCUCGGAUCGACCGGACUUCAAACCGAAUUUAACCCCAGCGCAAGUAAUUCGCGCGGGGUCGUGGGGUGGAUGUUACUUCCACCCGCGAGGUGGGAAGCCGGGGAUUCGAGGCCCGUGCGACAUCGACCCGAAGGAGUUCCCGCGCGAGUGGUUCGAGGGUUUGGAUAAGACGAUGUACGCGAGUCGGAGGUAUAACGUUCCGACCAAUAUGUACGGCGUCAAGGCUGGGCAGACGCAGGAGUUCUGGGAGGAGAAGGGUUGGAUCGACGCGCGCGAUCCCAGAGGGUGGUUUCACUGGUAUUGCAGGUUCUUUCAAGGACGAAGGAUUGACGACGACGAUAGACAGAUAUCGCGCUGGAAAGGGGUGUGCGGAGAGAAGGGUCGCUGGAAGACGAAUUUAAUCAAUAAAAUCAUCGACGCAAACGCGACGCACGACGACUCUCGAGUUUCGCCCGUGGUGAGACAAACGUUGCUUCACUGGGCGUGCGAGAUACGAGAAGAAGAGGUUCUCGCGUUAGCGAAGAGGCGAUAG